CAGAUCCAGCCCGCCCACAGCCGUCUCGGGCCCAGGCUGACGAGGCGGGGCCCCCCUGGAGAUGCUGCGCGGCCGAUGAGCGCGAGGCCCGCCGCUGGCGCCAGCAGAAGCCGCAGCGGGGGCGGUCGGCCAGCGCGCUCCGCCGCCUCGGCCUGCGUGGUGUCCUCGGCUUCGGCGGAGAGCCAUGGGGCCAGCGGCGCCUGCCGCGUGUCCAGCAGCGAUGGCCCGUCUCCGUCCAGGAAGGCCGAGUCGCGGAGGGCGGGCGGCCUCCGCGGCCCGGCCGACGGCGAGCGGCGCAGGAGGGAGAAGGGCAGCAGGCUCAAGAGGGGCAAGGCGGACAAAAAGAAGCAGAAGUCCGCAAAGGCCAAGAAGGCGGGCGGCAAGAAUAAGAAGAAGGGUGGCAAGAAAAAACAUAAGAAAAAGGACAAGAAGAAAGCGAGGGCACAGAAGUGCUCUUCUUCAUCCUCGAGCGUGGCCUCGUCGCUGUCCAGCGGCGCCGCCGCCGCGCGGUUCUCCGAGGCAGUCUCGAGGAACGACACCCACAUCGUUAGCUGCUGCUCGGGCGCCUGGGGCUGGGCUGGCGCAGCGCCCGCGGGGAGAGCGCUCUGCACCUCGCGGCGAGGGCCAACCGCCCAGAGCUGGUCGCCUGGAUCCUGGCGCGGCCCGGCGCGGCGGCUCUGCUCGACGCCCGCAACGACAGGGGCGAGACGGCGCUGCUGCAGGCCGCGCGCUCGUGCCGGAGCACCGUGGCCCUGCGGCUCGUCGAGGCGCUGGCGGACCCCGGCCUCGCCGACGCUGCGGGCGAGGGGCCCGAGGCCC